GUUGUUGACAUGUGCUUGGGCUUGCAUGUGCCUGGUAUGAUAAUAAUGUUAAAAGGCCUUCUAGUUUUGAAGAAUUGGGCAUUAUUACCUGACCAAGUAUAUACAGGCCCCAAAUAAGCCUUUGGAAUGGUCAAGCAAAGUGAUCAUUUACAUGUACUUGGUCAGAGGGCGUAUUAGAACACUAGGCCUAGAGGAAUAAUACUAAGGACACACAGUUUGGGUGCUAUAUAUCCAUACUAGCAGCCAGGUAUCACCAUGAGUGUGGCGGAUGUGGAAGCUAGAGGCAAGGGCAGGAAGCCGCUGAAGAAGAAGAAACCAGAUACUCAGGGGUUCGCCGCCAGCCAGCAGAACAAUGCGGGGAUGCAGAAUCUCUCGCUGCUGACGAGUAAUCUCGCCCAGUUAAAGACGCUGAUCUUUACCGAGGACUUCUUCAAUGAGUACGAGCUGCGUCUCCUGCUCAUUUCCCUGCUGGCCGUGUCCAUCCUCAUGCAGUUGGUCAGUAAAAGCAUCAUGCAUGUUGUGUCCAAGGCAAAAGUGUUCUCGCCCGAGAAUGUGGACUACGCCGACGACGCGGACCACGAGAACGAGGAAGACCAAAUCAAAAGGAGAAACGCUAAGAUACGACAGGCGUCACGGCUGACCGGCAUGGCCAAUGGAUUAGCCUUCGGGACGACCAUAGUCAAUAUCAUCAUCACUACAUUCGCCUUCACGGAAUAACGAAGACAAAUUUUAGAAUUACCAUUUUGAAACUGCUGGAAAGACUUGCCCAGCCUGUGAACAAACUGCGGUGGUUCAUUUCUAAAGCCCGCAGCGGCACACUAGCCGCCAACUUCGGCGUUCAAUGGCGUUUUAUGCCGCAAGAGUCCUGAACGCCUGAAAAAUCCCUAGUCUGCUACGAACGGCGUCGGCGAACGCGACUUGCCGCCACUCGCCGCAACUAAACGCCAAAUGUCUAACAUGUUUGAUUUUUGAAGCGUGUCGCCGCGUUUGAACGCAAGAAGAAGCCAGGUGUGCUACGGAUUGCCGCCUGAAUUGGCGUUGGCGGCGAGACUAUGGCCAAUCAGUAUGCGUCUUGAUGUCUCAUGAUUUCAAAAUGGCAGCCUAAAGUGGCGGAAAAGACGUUACUGGACGCCGAUUCUGGGCAGGUGUGCUCUGACCGGGAUCCACUGGCCGCCAACUUCGGCGUCGAGAGGCGUCAGCUGAACGCUUCUUGUCGCCAAAGUUGGCGGCUAGUGUGCUGCGGGCGUAAUCAAGAUCUACAGGCAUGACAGGACGACAUCCAGUUUCAUUCAAGGAGAAGUUAUAUAAUGUUCGAAUGUGUCCUAAUCCCGGGGUACAAGUGUCCUAAUCCCGAGGUACAAAUGCCGAGGCUCAGUCAGUAUCAAUCAAUCAGUUUAUGUACGGUUAGGCUAUUGUGUAGCAGGAAUUCUGAAGAGGAAUCAUACAAAUGAUCUUUUUAAUGUGAUGCUGGCUAAUAUUAGGCUAUGAAUUGUUAACUUAGUGCAAUAUAUUUUUUUAAUGGAGAGAGGAAUCUGUAAAUA